UAGGCUCACUUGGGGAGGGAAGUGGACGUUACUAUUUGGUAACUGACAGGGGGUGGGGCUCGGAUCUAACUAUUUAUGAAAGGGGAAUGAUGGUGCGGUGCCCGGUUUUCUGAACGGAACUCUUGCCUGUGCGGAGGGGAAGGGUGUGUGCCUGUGGGUGGUACUGUUGUGAUUGGUGCGUGUGCAUGUGUACCUGUAUGUAUCUCGGUAUUUAGAUGAUUCCGCUGAGCUGGGUGGGGGGGAGAGAGGGAACAGCAGAGCGACGGGUGGAGUGAAGGUGGUACCAUUGUGAACACUUUUUAAGGGGGGAUACGGCUGACUUAAUUGCAUUGGGACCCGUCUAGGUGGGAUAGGGAGGGCUGGAUGGUACCAUUUUGGGGGAUCUAUAGGGAGAAUUAAAGAAGUAUCACAGAUUCGAAUGGCAGCCCAUUGCGGUUGAACAGAGAAGAAUAGAAGCGGUGCCUUUAGCGGCCACUGUAUUCUGAAGGUCGGAGGAAGAUAGGAAGCACCGCUUCAGGUGUGGAAAGGGAUGAACCUGUGGUGGCAUCAAUGAGAGGCUUGUUCUAGUGGUAUCAUGCAAGGAGGUGCCAAGUCAAGCCAGCCCAUGAAGCGAUUGGUGCCAUUUUGAGCUGGUACAGGUCCCAUCUUCACGAGUGAGGAGUGAGGGAGGGUGGCUGACUGCUGAAGGAGCAGAAGGCUGGGCCUUUUUUUGGAGAGCAUUUUGACAUGACUGUCUGAGGGGCAACAGUUGCCCAGGGUGGAAGGGCCCAAGGAGAAUCAUGAAAACAUCCUGGUGUUAGGAGGCUGAUAUUUGUUCAGACAGCCCCCUCUCUCUGCCAUGGCCUCAAACUGUACCGGAGGCACUGCGGCUGCGAGCGCUGGCUCAGCUGUAGGCGCUGCACUCAGUGCUUCCAAGACCAAGACCAAGAAGAAGCAUUUCGUCUGCCAGAAAGUGAAACUCUUUCGAGCCUCUGAACCACUCCUGAGUGUCCUCAUGUGGGGAGUCAACCACACGAUUAAUGAGUUGAGUAAUGUCCCUGUCCCUGUUAUGUUAAUGCCAGAUGACUUUAAAGCCUACAGCAAGAUUAAAGUGGACAAUCAUCUUUUCAACAAAGAGAACCUCCCAAGCCGCUUCAAAUUUAAAGAGUACUGUCCACUGGUGUUCCGAAAUCUCCGGGAAAGGUUUGGGAUUGAUGAUCAGGACUAUCAGAAUUCUGUGACACGGAGUGCUCCAGUAUACAGUGAUAGCCAUGGCCGGUGCGGGGUUCGCUUCCUUACCACCUAUGACCGGCGGUUUGUUAUCAAGGCAGUGUCAAGUGAAGAUGUUGCAGAGAUGCACAACAUUCUAAAAAAAUAUCACCAGUUCAUUGUGGAAUGUCAUGGGAAUACACUUUUACCCCAGUUUCUUGGCAUGUACAGGCUUACUGUAGAUGGUGUGGAAACCUACAUGGUAGUCACCAGGAAUGUGUUUAGUCACCGGUUGACAGUGCAUCGGAAAUAUGAUCUCAAGGGUUCAACAGUAGCAAGAGAAGCCAGCGACAAAGAAAAGGCUAAGGAUCUACCAACCUUUAAAGACAAUGACUUUCUAAAUGAAGGCCAAAAGCUCCAUGUUGGAGAGGAAUGUAAAAAAAAUUUCCUGGAGAAGUUGAAGCGAGAUGUUGAGUUUCUUGCACAGCUGAAGAUCAUGGAUUACAGUUUGCUGGUAGGGAUUCACGAUGUUGAUCGGGCUGAGCAAGAGGAGAUGGAAGUUGAGGACCGGGCAGAAGAUGAAGAAUGUGAGAAUGAUGGCAUAGGUGGGAAUCCAGUUGGUUCCUAUGGGACUCCACCUGACAGUCCCGGUAACCUUCUCAACUUCCCACGUUUUUUCGGGCCUGGGGAGUUUGAUCCAUCAGUGGAUGUCUAUGCUAUGAAAAGCCAUGAAAGUGCCCCUAAGAAGGAAGUAUAUUUCAUGGCCAUUAUAGAUAUCCUUACACCAUAUGACACAAAGAAAAAAGCAGCGCAUGCUGCCAAAACUGUGAAACAUGGGGCUGGAGCAGAAAUUUCCACUGUCAAUCCUGAGCAGUAUUCGAAACGCUUCAAUGAAUUUAUGUCCAAUAUCCUGACAUAGUUGUCUUCCCAUUGUUGGCAGAAAAAGUGGGAGAAGAAAAGUAGAAGGGGGGUUAUUAUUUCCAGUGCUACAGGAAUGCAGCCCAGUCUGCUGGGUGUGAUGUUCUGUGAGUGUGUGAUGACAGUGUGACCUAGCAGAAAACUAACCUCUAGCUGUGGGCCUCCAAACCUGGUGGAAAAAUGGGACUUUUUCUCUCUUCUAUUUUGGUUGCUACAAUAAAUAUCCAAACAUAAACCUGAGGAAUAAAGUAGUGUCAAGAUCUACACUUCUUUUCCUUUGAAAAGCAUCACAGUAUCCAGAUGGUCAGAUGUUAAUGUGAAUACAUUACAGAAGUUAUAAAUGAUGGUUUUCUUCGAUUGAACUGUGGCUCCUCACUCAGAGCAAAUUCUCUUUGUUGCUUUCUCUAAGGAUUGGACAAGAAAUGGCCUGCCAUUUCAAGGACAAGAACCGUUACAACAAUGCAGGAAAGCCAUUUUAAGUCAGUUGAACGAAGACUUUUUCCUUAUGGUCUUUUGAUACCCCAAUUUCUUUUCUGCAUUGUCAUUUCAAAAAAGAUGAGGAAUAUGAGGGAAUAAGAUGGCUGCUUAAAUUUUUAUGCAAAUCAAGGGAGGAAAAAAAAGCAGUUUCAGGAGAAUCCACAUUUCUAAUGGAAUAUGAUACACUUUCUUGGUGGAGAUCAUGAAGAGAAGGUGAGAUAACUACAUGAAAAUAAUCUCUUGAUGAGCUGCAAAUACAUUUGUCUUGUAUUAAGUUGGAUUACAACCUGGAUUAAGUUAUCUCUGUAAUGUAAUGAUCUACCAGUGUUAAAUUAUUCAUGGUUCAAUCUUUUAUACCUUGAUCUGGUUGUAUAUGCUGUAAGAUGAUAUUUUCCUGUUUAAAAAAGGUACCACUUCUUUGCAACAUCUUAUCUGUGAACCACUGUCUUAGAAAUAUGUUUCCCUGCAGCUUUUGAUCAUUCCAUGUUGGGAAGAAUCCAGUCUCCGAAUAUGGGGAAAAUUUAAUAAAUGGCUGAAACUGACUGCUCUUAACCACUAGGACAAAUUGUCCUACUAAUCCAGAUUGUUGGAAUAACUUGCACUAGCUCAGUUUUCUUAAAAGAAUUCAACUGUUCUUUCCCCAUUUGAAUUACAACUUUUUCUUAUAAGCUACAGACUAAUGUUGGAUUUCACAGCCACACUUGUCAAAACUGCUGAAAAUUUUGAAUUCUACGCAUUGAUUCCAUGUUUUCAAUAUUCUUGCUGUGAGGAGGGGUUGUUUGUAGUUUUCUUUUUUUUAAAAAAGGGAUUUGGCAGGUUAUGAACCAUCAACUUGCGAUCAAGACACUUUGCUUACUCUUCCUAAAAGUGUUUCUCACACAUGCCUUUCUUCUGAAUGUGACUGUUGGGAUGUUUAUGUCCUGUGCCUUCUGCUUUGUGGGUUCUGUUUUUUUGGGAGUAUGGUAAAUGUUUUUUUUUCUUUCUUUGUUUCCCUCAAGUAUGUGCUCUUUCCAGAUGGGAUUUUUCCCAUUUAUAAACAAAAAAUCCCACAACUUACUCUGUAUUUCCAGAAUCUUAAAAUGGUUUGCAAAGCUUAAAAAAUCAUGGAAUAUGCUGUACAUAGCAUAAGAAUUUUGUCAAGGCAUAAAUGAAACUAUAAAUUAAGAAUGGGAUUUGAAAGUCCUUUUUCUUUUCACCUAUGACUUCAAGGCAGAUUUCUAUUUUGUUAGAAGCCACUGUCCACAACAUUUAGCUGUCCCAACUGAUUGUACUGUAAGGUUAGCGUGACUAUAGCAACUUAUUUCAAAAGGCAGGCAUGGGUAUGCUGAUAGGCUGUAAAGUUUUUGAAAGUCAAAGGAAAUUGUGCACUUGAAGUCCAAUGUGAAAUAGAAAAUUUGGUCUCCCUGUCUUAGACUAGGAAUUUCAUUUUCAUUUUCUUUUGUUUUAAUUUUACAAAGUAAAUUUUGAUUAAAAUUGGUAAGCAUUAGCAUAAAAGUAUCUUUUUUAACAUUAUGGACAAAUAUUUGCCAACCUUAAUCUAUUUAGGAGUUAGUGCACAGUUUAAAAGGCCAUGAGAAGACACGUUUCCUGGUUGAUUCAUUUACAGAAGAAUACAUGAGAAACAACCAUAAAAGGCACUCAAACAGAAAAAGCAAACUCUGAACCUUUGCCUAUCCUUGUUUUCUGUUCCCUGUCUCCCCAGGCCUUUGCCUCUCUCAUCUAUAUCUAUAUUUUUCAAUCCACUUGCAUCUGAAGUUUCUCAUAUCUUUAACAUAGUUCUUUUGUCUUCAGUUUCCCUCUUGAGCAUCACUGUAAUGCCCCACUCUUUUCCUCCCAAUUCUGUGACUUGUGUGAAUGUUUUGUCUAGUCCCCAGCCACCCUGAAGCCAGGUCCAUAUAACUGCAUUGGCUUCCUUUCCAUCUGAGUCUUCUUGUUCCUUUCUUUCUUGAUCUAUAUGCCUGGAGGGCAAAGGCCUGCCAUUUAUUUUUCUUGUGUGGUAAAGCCAUGAGUGUUGCUAUAUGAAAUUACUGUAGUGUAGGCUAUAGGAAACCACUAGUUAUUCCAUGAAGCACAUUUAGCCAUAUAAACUAUUCCACAGAAUCCCAACUCUGCUUCCUGUGAGCAUUAUUUUCCUCAAAUGGAAGAAGGGUAAAUUGUUUUUUGACUUCAUGCACAAUGGUGUCCAGAUGAAAGCCACCCAAUCCAUCAAAGCUGCUACUGGUUCUGUCAGGUUCCUCUGUUAGAUCUACUAACAGAUGUGGGAUUUUUUCCCCCUCAAGGAUUUUUUUAAUGGACAAGUUGUUUAAUGACUUGAAAUCUUCAAAAGGUACAGAAAAAGCCAGGUGGGGAGGCCAAGAAGGAUGUCAUCAACCUUUUUACUGCAGGUUUUCCCAAACCAGAUACCCUUGAGAUGCUUUGGUCUACAACUCCACUAAGCAUGGGAUUUAUAGACAUUAUACAUCUGGAAGAUACCUGCUGGGGAAACUUCUUGUUACUUACGCCACCACCACCACCCAUGCAAAGGCACUUGAAAUCUACUCACUGGGAAUUUCUACAGCUUUAUCAUCCCUUCUUUUUGCCAUUCACUUCCAAAAAUUUAAACUAUGAAGUAAGUUACGUGGAAUAAGCAGAAAUGGACAGAGUUGCUUUUAGAAUUGCGUGAUAUUGUUAAUGGAAAUGUUUUGCUUCCAUGAGACAGCGUUAGGAUUUUUCCCUUAUGAACAUAUAAAUAAAUCUAGCAAUGCAGCAAGAAUGAUGUACAAGGUGACUUUUGAUCAAGGUAUUGCCUGUAAUGCUACAAGAAAGAUGGGGGAAGAGGGACACAUUCCAUCUCUUCAGAGUAUUGUUGCUAGUGUUGGCAGAGGACAGCUGUGGUUGGACCUAGAGCUGCUGAUCAGUCUUUUGUUCUUCCUUUGGAAUUGUUCCUGUCUCCUAAAAC